AUGAAGAAAAUUGAUGAAGUGCAAUAUCAACGUUUCGUAGACAUGCUGAAACAAUUGCAUAUCAACAUCCCUUUCAUUGAAGCGAUUGAACAGAUGCCAAAGUAUGAGAAGUUUCUAAAGGACAUGGUGACGAAGAAAAGAAGCACUGCAACUGCAGAAAGUGAUCACAUGCAUGGAAGCCAGGCUAUUGCAAGGACGAUCGCAUGCACGGAAUCUCUCCAUUGCGGAGAUGAUCGCAUGCGGGCCAGCAUCAACCUAAUGCCCCUUUCAAUUUUUAAGCAACUGAAUGUGAGGCAGCUGGCACCCACGACAGUGACUCUCCAGCUAGCUGACAUAUCCCUUGUGCAUCUAGAAGGGAAGGUGAAGGAUAUCCUAGUCACGAUUGACAAAUUUAUCUUACCGGCAGACUUCAUCAUCCUUGAUUAUGAAGUGGACAAGGACAUUGAUGUGUACAAGGAAGAGAUCACACUGAGCGUGAACGGACAGAAGAUCGGGUUUGAUAUUAUCAGAGCCAUGAAGUACCCAGAAGAAGAAGACCUCACUGAGUUUGAUGAUGAACUUAGUUUAUAUGAAGAAGAAAAGUCUGAAGAUGAAGAUGAAGGAGAGGAUGUGACCGCAUCCAUAGUGACCUACAAUGCGAUCACGGAAACAUCUACCAAAGAAGAAAAUCUAACAAUAAAUGAAGAAAGAAAAACACCUAAACCAUUCUUGGAACAACCAUCGACAGUAGAGCUAAAACGCCUUCCAAACCACCUGAAGUAUGCUUUUCUGGGGCAGAAUGAAACGUUACCAGUAGUAAUUUCCUUUGCACUUCAAGAAGAUCAAGAGAAUGUGCUGCUGAGCAUCCUAAGAAAGUACAUAAAAGCAAUUGUCUCCAAGGAUGGGCUGGAGGUGGAUAAGGCAAAGAUUAAGGCGAUUGAAAAGCUUCCACCUCCAGCGAACGUGAAGGCUGUUAAGAGCUUCUUAUCGACAUUUUGUGAAAGACUUUUCAAAGAUUGCAUGACCAUUGAGUGCGUUGCUGAAGGGGACAGAGAACCAGUUUGGGACCAUUUGUCAAGAUUAGAAAAUCUAGAAGUUGACCGCAACCAGUCAGAGGUGAACGCAACCUUCCCAGACGAGCAGCUAUUUAAAGUUGAAGAAUUACCAUGGACUGCCUAUAAGACACCUAUAGACAUGUCUCCGUAUGCGAUGGUGUUCGAAAAGGCAUGUCAUUUACCGCUUGAGUUGGAGCAUAAAGCAAUGUGGGCAGUGAAAAAGCUUAAUUUUGACUUAAAGGUUGUAGGGGAAGCAAGGAAACUUCAGUUGGUUGAGCUUGAUGAAUGA